AUGGCUGAGGAGAGGUACAGGAAGCGGAUCCGAAAGGAAGUCACCUGCUCCAUCUGCCUCGGUUACUUUACUCGUCCGGUGGAACUGGACUGCAAGCACAACUUCUGUGAAGGAUGCAUCUUGAGAUGCUGGGAGGAGUCUGGUGAGGAAACCAGGUGCCCCGAGUGCAGAAAGUCUGUAGAAAAGGAUUUCAAGAGAAACAGGCUUCUCACAAAUAUGGCUGAAAUCGUCAGUGAGUGGGAUCAUUCUGAGGAGAGAGAGGCUCAAAGGAGGCGCUCGGAAUGUCAGAGGCACCAGAGGGCCCUGGAUCUCUUUUGCCUGUACGACGAAGUCCUCUUCUGCGACGAGUGUGACGAAUCCCUAAGGCGCAGCCCCCACACUGGCCACAGCGUGGUUCCUGUGGAAGAAGCUGCCGAAGAUUACAGGGAUCAGCUCUUCAAGUGCCUGAAGACUCUGAAUGAGGAGAGGGCAAAAAUUGAGGCGAACAAAGCAAGCACAUCUAGCAAAAGUGAAGUCUUGGUUCAGCUGAAGCAGAUGGAAGAGGUGGAGACUGAGAUUGUGAGGAAAACGAAUGAGCACCUGGCCAAGCUCUCCAGAGAACUCGACUCUCUUCAAAAUACCUUCCGGGAGGUGGUGGAGAAGGUUAAGCAGCCCCCCAGUGAAUUCCUGCAGGAUAUUAGAAGCACUUUGCAGAGGUAUCAGGGGAGACAGACAUUUGAGGCCCCCAACAUUUUCCCUCCUGAAUAUCUGUCGAAGGUUUGGGACUUCCGUGAUAUGAAUCCCUUUGUGGAAGCUGCCGUAGAGCAGUUCAAAGGUAAUGGCUGCAAGAAUGUCAUGCUGGAUUUUGAAUUGGUGCAGAUGGAGGUUGACGAAAAGCUCAAGGUGUCCUUUGUAAUGCUGGGAGAGCCUGAAAAAAUUGAACUUGAGGGCACUCUAACAUCAGGACUCCCUCUGCAGAAAGCAACUGUAACUCUCGACCCGGCCACCGCUCAUCCCCAACUGAUCCUGUCCGAGGAUCGUCGAAGUGCGAGGUGGGGACAGGCACAUCAAGAGCUUCCGGACAAUCCCAACAGAUUUGACACACAUACCUUCGUGCUGGGGUGUGAGGAGUUUACAGCAGGGAGGCACUGCUGGGAAGUCACCAUGGAAACUGCGGGUGAAUGGGGGGUGGGGGUUGCCAGGAAGUCUGUGAGGAGAAAGGGCAUGUUCUACUAUUGGUUUAUCAAUAAUGAAGGCAUCUGGGGACUUGGUCAGCUGGAUAGCGAGCCCAGGUCUGCUUGCUGGUCUCCGCCACUUCCUGGUCCGAAGCUGAAGAGGUUCCGGGUGACUGUUAACUAUGCAGGGCGCCUAAUUGCCUUUUUUGAUGCUGAUACAGGAGAUUUACUCAAGUCCUUUACAAAGGCUGAAUUCUCUGGGGAGUCACUUCUGCCCAUCUUUUGCGUGGGGCCAGAAACCUACCUUGAGCUGCACCCAGUGACACCCUAG